GACCGGUAGCCCGGUCCAAUACCGGACCGGUCCGAUCCUGACAACUGAUCCCCCUUCUGUCGGCUAUAAAGCUAGCGGUGGAGGCCGAGGCGGAGACGGCGACGGACGGUGGCGGUGACCAAUGGCGACGGUGGGCUUUCUGGAGGACGAGAACCUCGAGGCGAUCAUCACCCGGAUCGAGCACAAGUCCCGCAAGAUCGAAAGCUUGCUUAAGCAAUCUAAGCCGGUGGAGGCUCUGAAGACGGCGUUGGAGGGUUCACUCUUGAAAACCAAAGAUGAGAGGUGCAAGUCGGCGAAUUGGAUAGUGGUGCAUCGGGCGAUCAUGGCUAUCAAGGAUGUGGAUGCGAUGUUCUCUUCCUUGGAUCCCGAGUAUUACGACAUUCUCAUGAAGUAUUUAUAUAGAGGCUUAGCAACUGGAGAUCGACCUACUUGUGACCAGUGCCUCAAGAUCCAUGAGAAGCUGACAGAGAAAGCAGGGUUGGGUUGUAUUCUUCGCUCCUUAGCUGACACCAUUAAUACUGUGUAAGCUUCACACAAAAGCAGCAACCUUGUUCUUGUGACACUUCUUCACUUACCACAAAUGCGUGACAUUAGCAAAGUGCUGUAUUGAGUUCGUUUCCGACA